GGGCAGGGCGCGGGCGUGGGGUGGGUGUGCGUGCACGCGCGCGGCGGCUGUUGUUGUUAGGGGCUGCUGCCGGUUGCUAGGGCGGGCCUAUCCUAGUGGUGAGCAGCGGGGUGCAGCAGGACGGAGGUCUCUGGUUUUCGGGAAGAGCUCUGUGUGUGGGACCUAGGACAGGGUUUCAUUCCCGGUAGUAGUUCCCAAUAACUGAACGUAUAUUCUGUGUCGAAGCCUUGUGGAACGAAUCCUCUCGUGUUAAGUCGCACACAUGUGCACACACGGAGUCGUGUGGCGGCUUAAAAACAAACAAACAAACCACGAAUAGCUUCACAACGCAAGCCUGUUGGCCUCCUCAGAAGUAAAGCCCUCCUUGAGUUCCAUAGGACUUGCUUCCAGGUAUAGGCUGCUGUCCUAGACAUACCUGGAAAUUAAACCGCCUUGAACUCAGCGGGGCUUACUUCAGGGGAAACAUGCACAGAUGGUGGUGCUGGGUUAGGCUGCCUGCCUCCCCAUGUACACCUGCUGCCCUGGAAUCCCCUAUGCAGAACUUACCUGAGUUGGGCAGAUUGUGCAGCUGCAGUUCAAUGUAGACUUGGGAGCGCGCCCCACUGGAUUCUGUGGGGUUGGUUACGGACUAAGAGUAAACGUGUGUAAGUGCGCUUUUGUUGGAGCACAAACUCCAAACUAAUUUGCUAGAGUCGCCCUGAAGAGCCCUAGUGGCUACUCUAGAGUAACCAGUCUGAAAAAGUUAAACCUGUUGCAUAAUGCAAUUAUCAUCUGAUGAACAGGUUUCCUAAUUCUACUGAAAGCUUCUUCCGCCUUAAAUCUUCGUCUUUAGGUUGUAUUUAUUAGAAUUGCAUUUAUAUUUGGUUUAUAAGAUGCUGCAAGAUUCUUCUGUUAUGUUUGCUGCAACAUGUGCUGCUUGUUUUCUGGUUUAAGUGGCAUAAAUGAAGAUAGCCAGCAUGAUGGAAAAGCAAGGCAGAGCUUCCUUUACCUUUAAUAACUAUGUUUUCCCAUUCUUCCAGAACAGCUGUCUUGGCCCAGCUUUCUUCUCUACACAACUAUUGAAGGCACAGAGCUCCUAACUACACAGACUGUAUGCCAAAGGGAGCCAGGAGGGCAGGAGCUCUUAUUGCCAGUGGAAAUAAUUGUGGUUAGAGGUAUAUACAAGAUCAACUGAUGCUCGUGCUGUUCAGUAGCACUGCUUUUGCCUGCCUGUUUGUAUUGGAUCUAUAACAACAUUUUGAGUCCUUCUGUAGCAAGCUGUGAGUGAGACAAGGAUAAAUAGAGGAUUGAAAAUACCUCACUGGAAAAAUGAAGUUUAUUUUGGCAGUUCAUCCGAAUGCCUUGGCAUACUCUAUGACCACAUUAGGUGCUGGAAUGAUGAACAGCAUCUUUAAUUUCUAUUAUGUCAAACUCUUUUUAAACCAAUAUAAGAUCUCAGAAAUAGCAUUCCAUCAAGCACAGGUUGUUUUUAUGAUAUGGAACGCCAUUAAUGACCCUCUCUUUGGGUACCUUCAAGACAACUCCAAAGUGCCAUGCUGCUCAAGACGCCAGUUCUCCAUCUUAUAUGGGGCUCCAUUGUAUGCAUUGGCCUUUCUGCUUCCCUGGUUUCCUUGGAAACAAUAUGAAGAAGGUGACUGGCUCAGUGGGCUGCAUCUUAUUGUCGCUUUGUGUGCUUUCGAUGGCCUGCUUACAUUUGUCUUGCUAGCACAAUGCGCGCUCUUUGCAGAAAUCUCAACUAGACACGAAAGUAGGCUUCAGCUGAUUAAGUAUAACCAAGUGGCAACGCUAGUUGGAUCCACCAGCGUCCUUUUCUGUGGCUUGAUUUCUGAUAACAUGGAGAACUUCACGUCUUUCCAAGUCUUUACGGUCCUCGUGGGAGCAAUAGCCACUGCUUGCAUGUGUUACACUGGCAUGUAUAGCACGACUGAGUACGAACAAAGGGAAGCUCUUGUGGAGGAAUCCGAUCCUGAAAGUGCCAAAAGAGUGCUCUCUUGGUCUUCGGUCUUUUUGUUGACUAAGCAGAUCUUGACCCAGACCAAUUUUUUGCUUUUUGUGGCAAUGAACUUCUUUCAAGUUUUCCACUUGGCCUUCUGCAGCAAUUUCAUGAUGAUCUUUGCAGAUAACCUUAUCCCUAAGGAUGUUCUUUCUUCCUCUGUCAGAAGUUUCAUGUACGGGGCAGGUUUUAUUUGUCCUCAGUUCCUUGUGCUCCUUAGUCACACCUUGUUGAAGAAAUUUGGUUACUACAAGAUUAUCUUGUGCUCCUUCUAUUUGGAAGGAAUAGCUGCAGCUGGCAUGUUGGUUCUAGGCCAGGAACACUAUUAUCUGCUGGCCUUUUAUCUCACAGCAAACAUGGUAGUUGUUCAAGCUUCUUUCAGUCUAUUUAAUUUGCCUUUGGCUGAUAUUGUUGAUGCAGAUUUAAAGAAACAUAAAAGGAGGUCUCCACUUUCCUCCAUGGUUUUUGGAACAAAUGCCCUCUUUACAAAACCUGCCCAAUCUUUAGCCCCUAUACUUGUGGUUACAAUACUAAAUCAAUUUGGUUAUGUAAACCUGCAUAAAGUUGCUCAGCCUGACCCAAGUUUGUUUCUAGGUCUCCAUGAUGCCAUGUUCUACAUGAUCUGCCUGGUUCCUCUUUGCAUUGCAGUAAUACAGAUUCUGACAUGGAUACCCUUUUCCAUCCAGAACAGCCACCUGACACCUGCAUACUGAGGUGUAAAUAAGUGCAUCAGGAACCCAAAGGUUCAAUUUUACACAACAGCAGAUUUCAGCUGUAGACAGGACCACUGGACUUCCUUGAUUUUUUGGACUAGCAAAUCAACUGCAUUCUGAGCCAUCUAAUGCAUAUAUCUGCGAUUCCUGUCACUGAGUGCCUUAUCAGAAAGUGGGUGUAUGUAGUUCAUUUGCCAUGUCAGGUAGUUGGACAUGUGUUAACCUUGUCAAGAUUUGCCGAGGAGACUAAAAUGCCCCACAUCAACACCUGAGAAAAAAAGGCAGGUAUGAUAUAUAAAGGUAUGCUGGAAUUAUGUGAAUUUAAAAAAAACAAAACUGAUAUUCCUUUUAGAAGCAGGAGCCCUUUUAGAGGCCCAUAACAAACUCAAGUUCGUAUGAACUCCUCCUCUCAAAAACGGUGGAAUACUAUUAACUCCACUUUGGCAAUAUGUAGAAAUUAAGGGGAAGUGUAACUGGAGUGGGGAGGAGACAUGUAGAUGUGCUCUCUGGAGAAACACUGGAACUGAUUUCUGUGUUUAUGUACACAGGACAGCAAUGGUUACAUGUCCAGAUCUGGGUUUGUAAGUAACUCUGGGGAAGGGGUGGAGACGACCAUAGUGGGAGUAUGAAACCCAGUAAAUCUAGGUGUUGGAAAAUGGCGAGACUGAGUUAAAGGUGGAAAGGUUGGUUAUUGUCCAGAGCAGAACUUUGUCUCUGGUGAGGCAGCUUGGCAAAGAACUGUGGGCAGGAUCCAGUCUCGGUUAGUUAUGACUAAGUACCACUGAAAUAAAUGGGACACAACUAACUAAGUUGCAUUAAUUUCAUUGGGACUCAGUCAGCUUGGUCUGAAUUCUCCCACUGUUGGGCGCUUCCAAAGUAUAUGAUUGUAAAUGUGGAAAAAUCAAAAUGCUUUUCUGUGAUUCCAUGUGGGUUUAAGGGACUGUAGCAAAUACAUGCCAAGUAGCAGGCUGCUUGGCGUUGGAUUUUCAUGCUGCUUGAAGUCAUACAAGUAGGGAUUAGCAUGUGUAAGAUUUGCUUCAGCACUCCAUUCUUGCAGACUAUCGACUUGUCAAGUUGCCUUGAUCUUCCUGCAACUCGCUGAACACAGUAUUUUGGAUUUGUCCCUGCUAAAGCCUUCUCAAGAUUUAGUCUUUUGAAUGGACGUUAUGAUUAAUGAAAAAUGAAUGCUUUUGGAUAUGUCACAGAGUCUAACUUAUACCAUAAUACAUCCUAUCCUUUAUCCAGUAAAUUAUAUACAGUAUGGGUUUAUUUCUUAUCAAAAGUAGCACUUUAUUUUUAAAAGACAAUUCAUUUUUCAGUGCUGUAAAGAAGAACUGACUUAGGCCGCGGGGAUUUCAAGGUGACUUCUUUUCCAGAGCCUCUCCCCCCCUUUUUUUAAUAUGAAGAAAAGCUAAUUGUGGUAUCACUUCCCCCAGUAGCCUCAAGGGCAUCCUAUGCAAGGCACGUGAGGCACAACUCCUUACCUCUGCCUCUCUCCUCUUGCCACAACUUUCAAACCUCCUUGAAUGCACCUUCACGCUUUGGAGUGAGCCCCAAUAAACAAAGUGGGAUUUGCUUCGGAGUGUACAUAGGAUUGGGUUGUAUAGAGCACAAGUGAAUCUCUCUUACAUUUGAACACUAGUGCAGGAUAGAAAGAGUACGAGAAACACCCUCUUGUACAUUCUCACCAAUACAAGGUUUGCCUUUUACUUUGUAGACCAGUUUAAGAACAAAGUGGUUAAAACCUCAUAAGCAGAAACAUCCUUAGAACUCGUUGCAUGAAUGAAAUGUUAAACUAGGGAUUCUCAAACUUGCAUCCCCACAUGUUGGACUACAAUGCCUAUCAUCCCCAGCUAUGAGGCCAUUGUGGAUGAGGAUGAUGGGAGCUGUAGUCCAACAAUAUCUGGGAAUCCUAGUUUGGGAACCCCUUAACCAAUUCAUAUGAAUUGCUGUCAUUUGUCAGUGGCCUUCCUUGAAGAGUUUAAGAUUCCAGUCGGAAAAUGGUGCUCCCACUGUUCAAGAAAGAAGAAUCCUAUUAUAAAAGACUAUUGAACAAACUUCUGGAAAUCUGAGGAAAUCAGAAAUCAAAGGAAGCCAUAAUACUGUACUCCCUUAUUUUUUCUACUUGCUUGAUAAACUUGGAGAACUCUCUGGAGACUUCAGAUGAGAGGUACCACAAGUUACCAUAGAAAACUCCCACGUUUUAUUGCCCAGCACAUUUAAAAAACUCUCCCCCACCCCCUGUGGUCUCCAGAUGAUACAUCAUACACCAGAGACUGGUGUCUUUCAGCAUAGAAUUUGUAUGUCCUGAACAAAUUUGAACACAAAGCAAAAAUGCAGUUCAUCUGAACAAGGAAAUUACAAGGCUCCCGUUUUCUUUCUGAAGUGAGCUAGACCUCCUCGUCCCUAGAAGAUGUGCUUAAUUGUGCAUCCAUUUUCUCCUGUUAACAUUGUUGUUUCCUUUAUAUGUAUGUAUGUUACUUAACUAUAUUAAUGGUAUGUUUAUGAGAGCAGAUUCUUAAAUCCUUUUCCCUCCCCAGAGAUAUAUUAUGGUGUACCUGGGCUUGGAGUUCCUGCUUUUUGACGAGAAUAACCACUUAUUGGCACAGUCUGCCUGCAGCCUCUCCUGCUGUUGCCCCACUGUAAGGUUUGGGAAUUGUACAAAUGUAACUGCAUGUUAGAAUUUUUUAAAAUGCUUAACUCCUAAAUUGUAGGAAUCAGGUUGAGAUUAUUAUAUGGUGUGCACAAUUAUUGAAACAAGUAUGGGAAAAGUUUGUUCUGUGGCUUUUGUAGAUGUUCUUUAUGUUGUUGAUUCUGGUUUGGUAAUAAAUGGUUUUCUUAAGUA